GCGACCUUCUGCGCAGGCGCGCGGGUUCGAGCACGCGCGGCGCAAUGCCGGGGAAGCAUGUUUCCAGAGUCAGGUCUUUAUAUAGGCGAAUCUUGCAGCUACAUCGGGCUCUGCCCCCGGACCUCAAAGCCCUGGGUGAUCAGUACGUGAAGGACGAAUUUAGGAGACAUAAGACUGUUGGUCCUGGCGAGGCCCAGCGUUUCUUGAAGGAAUGGGAGACAUAUGCAGCAGUGCUGUGGCAACAAGCUAAGGACAGCAGACAAAGCUCACCUGGAAAAGCAUGUUUUGGCGCCUCUCUCCCAGAAGAAAAACUCAAUGACUUCCGUGAUGAGCAAAUUGGACAGUUGCAAGAGCUGAUGCAAGAAGCCACUAAACCCAAUCGGCAGUUUAGUAUCACCGAGCCUACAAAACCACAGCUGUGAUACAAUAAUCUUAGCAAAGUGGCUAAAAUUUGUAACCUGUAACCUCAUCUACCAUCGACUCUCUGAAAUAUGUUCUUUCAGCUUUAAUGGGAUAGUCUUUUACUUUUGGACAGUAUGAGCAAUGCAUGAUCAAGAUCACAAAUGUCAUACUAUGCCAUCAUUGCAAUGACAUUUACUUGCUGUGUGGAAUGUAGUUUGAUAGAAUUUAACGUCUGGACCGAAGAAAGGUGUUUAAAAAGAUAUACUUUGGAAUUACGCUGAAAUUUUUUUUGUAUAUGAAUUUGUUUUAAAUUCUGUUCCCAUCAAGCAUCCGUCUCCUGAUUUGUCUCUAGCUUCCUUGGUUAAGUAAACAUAAUAAUGGAAGAUGUAGAAUUCCAAGUUUAUUAUUAGGUAUAACUGUGAUUCUAAAAGUCCCACCAUUUUUCCUUUAAUAGUACACACCUGACUAUCACUCAGAAGUUCCUCUUUGAGUCACAGUGAAAGUUUUAAGAAAAGCUUUAAGAUUCAAUUGUUAAGAAUUUCAGUUAUUGUCUAAAGGUUGGGGAGAUGAAAAAUACUAAGUUGGCUCAUACAUUUAAAAAUAAAUUAUCUAUCAAAACCUG